AUCACUAUGGGUAUGGCAUCUAAGCACUCUCUUCACCUGUUUGGGUUGCUCAUCGUCUUCCUCGUAAGCUUGCUGCUAGUUCUUACUAAUCAAGCAACAGCAUUUGAUGGUGAUUUCAUCCCAUUAAAUUUUAGUCGUAGCUAUUUUCCUGAUGACUUUAUUUUUGGAACAGCCACUUCUGCUUACCAGAUUGAAGGUGCAGCAAAUAAGUUUGGUAGAGGAGCUAGUGUUUGGGAUACAUUUACUCAUCAGUAUCCAGAGAGGAUAUUGGAUCAUAGCACUGGAGACGUUGCGGAUGGUUUCUAUUAUCGCUUUAAAGAGGAUAUACAAAACGUGAAAAAUAUGGGUUUUAAUGCUUUCCGAUUCUCCAUUUCAUGGCCAAGAGUUAUACCCAGUGGAACAAGACGUGAAGGUAUUAACGAGCAAGGGAUUGAGUUCUAUAAUAAAGUUAUCAAUGAAAUUAUAAAUCAAGGUAUGGAACCAUUUGUUACUAUUUUUCAUUGGGAUACUCCUCAAACUAUUGAAGACAAGUAUGGUGGAUUCUUAAGUGCCAAUAUUGUGAAAGAUUAUCGUGAGUACGCAGAUCUUCUCUUUGAAAGAUUUGGUGAUCGAGUCAAGUUUUGGAUGACUUUUAAUGAACCAUGGUCUCUUAGUGGAUUUGCCUAUGAUGAUGGAGUUUUUGCUCCUGGUCGAUGCUCAUCUUGGGUGAAUCGUCAAUGUCGUGCUGGAGACUCGGCCACUGAACCUUAUAUAGUUGCACAUCAUUUGCUUCUUGCACAUGCUGCAGCUGUAAAAAUAUAUAGAGAAAAUUAUCAGGAAACUCAAAAUGGUAAGAUUGGAAUAACACUUUUUACCUAUUGGUUUGAACCUCUCUCCAAUAGUACAGAUGAUAUGCAAGCUUCUAGAACUGCUCUUGAUUUCAUGUUUGGAUUGUGGAUGGAUCCUAUAACAUAUGGUCGAUAUCCAAGAACUGUGCAAGAUUUAGUUGGAAAUAGAUUACUUAAUUUUACUGAAGAGGAAACUGAUUUGCUUAGAGGAUCAUAUGAUUUUAUUGGGUUACAAUACUAUACUUCCUACUAUGCAAAGCCAAAUGCUCCAUAUGAUCCAAAUCAUAUUAGAUACUUAACUGAUAAUCGUGUUACUGAAACUCCUUACGAUUAUAAUGGUAAUCUCAUUGGUCCCCAGGCAUAUUCGGAUUGGUUUUACAUUUUUCCGAAAGGUAUCCGACAUCUUCUAAACUAUACCAAAGAUACAUAUAAUGAUCCAGUAAUUUACAUUACUGAAAAUGGGGUUGAUAAUCAGAAUAAUGAAACCGAACCCAUUCAGGAUGCAGUUAAGGAUGGUUUUAGAAUAGAAUAUCAUCGAAAACAUAUGUGGAAUGCGUUGGGAUCUCUCAAGUUUUACCAUGUUAAUCUCAAAGGUUAUUUUGCAUGGUCAUAUCUAGACAAUUUUGAAUGGAACAUAGGUUAUACGGCAAGGUUUGGAUUGUAUUAUGUAGACUACAACAAUAACCUGACAAGAAUUCCUAAAGAUUCAGCUUAUUGGUUCAAGGCAUUUCUGAAUCCAGAGAAUAUAACCAAAACUACUCGGACUGUUUCAUGGGAUUCAAGGAAGGCGGGCAAAUUCUACAUAAUGUAGCUCGUGUUGUCCUUGUAAAGGUGCCAUGCCAAUCUGUGUUUGGUUUUGUGUCUUGCCUACUGCUUAGUUAUAGCGACCUCGCUUUGUUGUGUAAUAAAUUUUCAGUGAUGCUGUGUUUCCUACGGGAAUUCCAAGCAUGACUUCUUGUAUUGCUAUUCCAUCUUUAAAAUAAAUGGCACCGUCCUAUUGAGUUUUCUUUU